CUACUAAAGGAUUUCCUUUUUCUAUAAGAUGAAAAUGUUGCGGUUGGAAUGCAACUGAACUUGAUCACAUAUCUUGUUGAUGCAAGAAACAAAACUUAUAAAACCAUGGUGAAUUACUCAUUAGGAACUGCUUGAUGGAAAAAGAAACAAAAAUGAGUUCCGAGGUCCAUGUAGUGAAAGGUGUACCUGAGGAUGUAAAGACGGUCGAUGUUUCUGUUAAGGAUGUGAAGGGAGAAAUGACCAAGGAAGAUAUAGUUAUGAAAAAAAGAAGAGGAGGAUACUACAUUUGAUGGUGGAUUCAUAAAAGUUGAGAAAGAAGGGACUGAUACUAAGGAUGGUGAGAAAGCAGAGAAGCAAAUUCCUAUUGAAAGAAGCUCAAGCAGUUCACAAAGAGAACUAUAUGAACUUCAAGAAAAGGUGAAAACACUGGAGCUGGAACUGAACCAGGAACUUGAGAAGAACGAAGCUGCUGGAUUAAGGGAAAGCGAGGCGAUGGAGAAGCUGAAAUCAGCUGAAGAGAGACAUGAGAAGCAAGCAAGAGAAACAGAUGAAACUAACAAAAGAAGCAAAGAGAUAAAAGAUUUGCAUAAACACUCAGAUCUCAGCAUUCAGAAGGCAAUGAAGGAACUCAAUAUCAUAGAUACAGAGGCCAAGUCAUUGACCGAGAAAUCGAAACAUCUGGAGGAGAAAAUAAGAUUAUAUGAAGACAAGUUGGCUGAAGCAUCUGAAGAUCUUGAUCAGUCAUCCUUGGAGAAUGAGUUACUAUCAGACACAAACAAUCAACUCAAGAUCAAGAUUCAAGAACUUGAAGGCUUUCUGGUUGCUGAGAAGGAAAGGUCUAAUCAGAGAGACAUAGAAGCUAAAGACUUGGCUACAAAGUUACAAUCCCAUGAAAACCUAAUUGAGGAACAUAAAAAGAAAGUCCUAGAAGAAUCUGAAGUUGCUUAUACUAGAAAAAUGGAGCUUGAAAAUGCUCUACAGAAACUCAAGACUUUUGAAGAUACAAUCAAAGAGCUUGAGAAAGAAAAUGGAUCUUUAGCCGAAGUGAAUCUAAAGCUGAACCAGGAGCUAGCCGAUCAUGGGUCAGAGACCAAUGGCUUUCAGGCAAUGUUUUCUGCUUUAGAAGCUGAGAAGAACCAAACAGCAAAAGAGCUUCAGGCUUCAAAGGGAGCCAUAGAAAAAUUAAUAAACAAGCUUACUUCUGAAAGAGAAAGAUUAAGAUCACAGGUUAAAUCCCUUGUAGAAGAGAAUAGCCAAGUCAAUGAGAUACAUCAGAGCACAAAGAAUGAGCUCAUAAAUAUUCAAGAACACCUCGGAGUAGAGAAGUCUAAACUGGAUGCUAUGGCAUCCGAAAUCAAGAAGCUCACUUCUGUGGCUUCUGAAAAGUCGGUGUUGGAGUCCAAGUUUGAUGAAGUAGAAAAACAAUUGAAAAGCGCUGAAGCUCAGUUGAAAGAAGAGGUCAAAAAAGUUGCAGAACUGACCUUAAAAUUGCAUGAGCAUGAAACUAAAGCAAGUGAACAAGAUUUGGUGGACGAGGAAGAAGCAAUGAAGCUUCAUAAAUCAAACUUGCAGGAAACUGAGACAAUGGGAAAAGGAGAAGUAGAUGUUAAGUCUCGAGAUAAUAUUGAUUUCUCUUUUCCAACUCCAAAGCAACGUAAGAGUAAGGAGGAGUCAGAUCAUGCUUCUGCUUCACAUUCGUCUUCUUCUUCAGGAAACGUUACAACAACUCAGAAAGCUGAAACAUCUCAUCUCAUGACAUUGAAGAUUGUCCUCGGAGUGGCUCUUGUGUCUGUCAUUAUAGGUAUCAUUCUUGGUAAAAAGUAUUGAAAAUUCUUAAUGGUGCGUCAUUGUUUUUUUUUUUUUUUUUAUCUAUGAAAGAUUGCUUGUGGUUUGGGUUGAGUGUG